AUGAGUGUUCUGCUAGAGACUUCAUUGGGCGAAAUCGUUAUCGACUUGCUGGUCGAUAAUGCGCCCAAAUGUUGUGAGAACUUUUUAAAGCUGUGCAAAGUCAAGUAUUACAAUUUCUCGCCAUUCCACAGUGUUCAGAAGGGCUUCUCGUGUCAAACGGGAGACCCUCUUGGACCCGAUUCGCCUGAGAGCGAUGGCGGAAGUUCAGUUUGGGGGCUUAUUUCCGGACCGUCAAAAAAAAGUUUCGUGGCCGACAUCGAUCCCAAGUUGAAGCAUACCCAGCGGGGGACUGUCAGUAUGGCCACCGUACCUUCACCCAACGACCCUGACCAACGGCUCGCUGGUAGUCAGUUUAUCAUCACCCUCGGUGAUAAUAUUGACUAUUUAGACGGAAAAGCCGCCCCUUUUGGUAUGGUGGUUGAAGGGUUUGACACCCUCGAGAAGAUAAACUCUGCGUUUACAAAUGCGAACGGUCGACCACUGAAAGAUAUCAGGAUACGCCACACUGUGAUCCUAGAAGAUCCUUUUCCUGAUCCUCCGGGGCUAGUUGUGCCGGAUAUGAGUCCCGCUCCUACCAAGGCGCAAUUAGCCACAGUUAUGAUCGCUGAUGAUGAAGAAUUGGAGGAAGAAGUGGACGAGGCUGCCAUGGAGAAGCUGCGACGAGAACGAGAAGCACGCGCUCAGGCCCUGACCCUGGAAAUGGUCGGAGACCUUCCAUUUGCAGAAGUCAAGCCGCCGGAAAAUGUCCUGUUCGUGUGCAAAUUAAAUCCCGUGACCAAUGACGAAGACUUGGAAUUGAUCUUCAGUCGGUUCGGGAAGAUAUUGUCAUGUGAAGUGAUCAGGGACAAGCGCACAGGUGACAGUCUUCAGUAUGCUUUCAUUGAAUUCGAAAACCAAAAGGAUUGUGAGCAAGCCUACUUCAAGAUGCAAGGUGUCUUGAUUGAUGACCAUCGGAUACAUGUGGACUUCUCCCAGAUUGGAGGAACGCGACAAACUCUAAGAGGGCGAGACAAACAGGAGGUUUUGGUGGAAUUGCUAGCCUGGAGAAGAAACGACAUUACCGGGAGCAGGAUGGUCAGGGGCACCGCGGACGAGAUUAUCGAAUGGUCUUCGACAGGGAUGAAAUUCGCCGCAAUAGAGACGGCCAGCCCGGGCAGGACCAUGGAACAUCCCGAAGUCGGAGCCCACGGGGUGACAGACGAAGCAUGGAGCGUGAUGAUCGCGGAAAAGAUAGGAGAUACCGAAGCGAAUCUCAAGAGGGGCGUAGAGAUCGGUAUGAUGGGCGAAAUCGCGACAGGUACAAAGACAGAAGCAGGGAGAGAGACAGGCGGCGGGACGGGUACCGGCCCAGUUCGUGGAGAGAGAAGAAUAGAUGAAGCAUGGUUGUACCUGUACAUGUAUAUCAUUGCACAACAAGCACUUGAAAGGGACAUAUGA